AUGAAGAUAUAUGAAAAUGAUAAAGGAAACAUAACGAUUGAAUGGGAUAUAAUGAUAAAAGAAAUGUUUGAUUUUAUUGGGUUGUAUGACCAUGAAACCAAAGUGAUAAAUGAUUAUAUUGGAUAUUGGAAUAUUGGAGGAUAUCAAGGUAAUGGAAUCAAAGAUACAGGUAUAGUUUGCGAUAGGAAUUGUAGUUAUUAUUUAAAAUAUUGGAGAGCAGUCGAAACGAAUUCAAUCAAGAGCACAACACCAUCAAUUUUCAGUUCACCAUCAAACUAUCAGUUGAUUGAAAUCGCUACACUCAAAGGUAAUCCAUCAAUUAGUAUAUCAGGUGAACCUGGUGAACCAUUAUUGGUUAAAUGGUCACACUCUAAUUGUAGUAAUGCAAAUAAUUUCAUUGGUAUUCACAAUAGUACAAAUUCAUUACCUCAUAAUGCUAAUAGAUAUUUAGAUUGGUGUUAUGCUAAUAAGUUCAAUGGCCAAUUCAAAUCCAAAUUAAUAAAUAGAGGUUUACCUUAUUAUGCAGUUUUAUGGGCAAAAGUAAAAGGUAAUCAAAAGUUCAUUCCAUUAUCAAUAUCUUCAAAAUUAGGUCCUUCUCCAAAAAGAUUAUCAAUCGUUGAAGCUUAUAAUACAAAUGAAGAUCAUGCUCCGUUAUCAAACUCCAUCAAUUUAAAUAUUCGUUGGCAUAAUUACCAUUAUUAUCAUAUUCAUGAUUAUGUUUUUUUAUCAAUAAAUAAAAACAUUCAUAUCAAUUCAAAUGAUAAUAAUUCAAAUAAUAAUAAUUCAAAUAAUAAUAAUUCAAAUGAUAAUAAUUCAAAUGAUAAUAACUCAAAUGAUAAUAAUAAUAAUAAUAAUAAUAAUAAUAAUAAUAAUAAUAAUAAUAAUAAUAAUAAUAAUAAUAAUAAUAAUAAUAAUCAAAUUGAAAAUAAAGCACUCUCUUAUUUAACUGGUGAAUCAUUUCUUAUUAAAAAUUAUUCAAAUGGAGUUUGCGAAACUUCUUAUCAAUUAAAAGGUUUGGAUGAGAGUGAGGAUUUUGUUGCAAAUUAUUGCAGUUAUAGUUAUGAAGAAAAAAAAUUUACAUUAAUCGAGCAAAGGAUGUUUAAAGAAUUUUCAAAUUGGAUGUCAAUUCAUUGGGAAAAGAUAAAAAAUAAAAUGGUAAGGGAAUUAGUUAUACCAGGAAGUCAUGAUGCAACAACCUAUGGAAUUAAUUCAUCAUCUAAAAGAUCACCAGAUUAUAAAAGCCCAAAUUUUACACCAGAUUUAAUAAUUUCAAAAUGGUCAAAAACUCAAAGUGCAACCAUUUAUAAACAAUUACUAUUUGGUGUUAGAUAUUUCGAUUUAAGAGUAGCACCAUAUCCAACAACUGGUGAAUUAUGGACAAUACAUAAUAUGUUUUCAGUACCAAUCUCUGAAGUUUUGGAUGACAUUGAAAGAUUUAUGAAAAAUGGACCAAAAAGAGAGAUUUUAAUAUUACAUUGGAACCAUUUGGAUUAUCUCUCCAAUGAACAACAUGUCCAACUACAAACUAUGAUAAAACAAAAACUUUCUCCAUUUAUGGCUCCAAGAUCAUUUGGUAAUGAUGUAACCGUACAACAACUAGAACUUACUCCAAUAAUAAAUGUUUAUGAUGAUGGUUUCAGGAAAUUGGCAGAAGAAUCACAACCUGCAAAAAAUGACACCAUAGAGUUUGAAACAUUCUUUUGGUAUUUUCAUCAAUCAUUACGUUCAAGUUAUGAGACUAAAGAGUAUCACACUUCAAAAACUGUCAUUAAAUUCCUUGAAAGAGAGAUUGAAAAAAAUCAUUCAACAUUUUGGGUUCUACAAUGUAUCCUAACAGUAAAUUCUCAAUUAAACUUUAAUAAUGUCCUUAAAAUAGCAAAGGAUUCUUUGUUUAGCUGGAAUAAUUCUGAAAUUCCAACCUUUUUAAACUUUUUGGAUAAAUUGGAAAGAAAUCAAACAAAGUGUAAUAUUAUAAUGACUGAUUUUUGUACUUUUAUGGAUGUAACACAAUAUGCAAUUAGAAGAAAUAUUUCUUCAUAA